GAGCCUGACGCCAAAUCAGUGACUUUCUCCCAGAUUCCUAGGGGUGAUUCACUUCUACUUUCUGACCAAAACUACUGCGAAGAAAUGAGAGAUUAUUCAUUCUUUUAAACACGUUCUUCUUCUUUCGCCGUGGGUGGAAAAACAAGACUCGAGAGGGACUACUUGCUUCAGUUCAUUUGAUUAUAAGGUGCACAUCCUACCAUCCACCACUAGGAGAUUUCCUUUUCUGAAAACCGACAAGGCAACUAAUUUCACGACAUUUUUCAAGUGCUAUAUUGGAGAACACUUAUAGCACUUUACCUCUGCUUCUACUUGGUAAACCCAAUAUCAUCUUCAGGGCUCAACUGAUUAGUGCCUUCAAUUUAUGGUUACAUUCUUAGAAUAUCCUGAAUAGAUUAAUGUGAGUUCGUGUGCGUUUCCCAAAAGCUGGAAAUAAUUAAAGCUGAGUUCUUAUCAGUUAGGUGUAAUGUUCUUUGUUCACCAAUCUAUAGUUUAAAUUUUUAUAAUGUGUGACCAAGAUUAUUUAACUGAAAUUAUUGAUGUCGUCAGUUUUAAUCAAGUAGUAUCGUUCAGCACUUCAACAAACAUAUGAAGAUCCAAAUUGGAAACUUAUCUACUGCUACAUAUAGGACAAAAUUGAAUUAAAAUACAAAGUCAAUUAUGAAACUAUAGUGAAACAGAAUCGAAUUGAGUGAUUUAUGAGAAACAAAAAUUAUUUUGCACGAGUUCGAGGAGCAAAUUUAAGGACUAGACCUUGAACUUUCUGAAAGGCACAGUUAUUUACAAGUUAUUACCAACUAUUAUUUGAAGGAGACUGCUGUUAUUUCAUGCUAUAGCCAACAGAUGGAGUCUUUCUCUUGAAAUUUCCUGAUAUUUGUAUUUAUAUCUAAAAUCAAUUACUUGUAGCUAUUUUGUGUUAUUAAGCCUAUUUUAUCUAUCAAAAUAAGGAGUUUUUUUUGUAUUUUUGAUUGGUUCUACAAAAAGCACCAGAAUGUCUAUGGAUGUGGUAGACUUUGAUCCAGAUUCGUGGGAAUCGUUUCUUAACUUUACAACAACAAUAAAUGAUAGCGGGAACAAAAUGUUGGCCCAGUCUUCAAAUCUAUGUGUUGGUGAUUCUGGGAACAGCACAAGUUCUAGUUCGGCCGUGCUGGACACAAACAUAUCUAAGGAGGUUGAUAUCCUGAGUCAAUCACAAUCAAAUCCAGAGAACAAUGGAGAAUUCACAAAUAACGCUGAAGAGAGAAAAGACUUAACAAACCUAAAGUAUAAACUUCGCCCACGAUCCAUCAUAAACCGUAUUGAAACAGAAAAACGUAAACAAUCUAAGAAAAUACCAAAACCAAAACAGAAACCUGCACCACUCAGUAAAUACCGUCGGAAAACCGCUAACGCUCGUGAAAGAGGUAGAAUGCAAGAAAUGAACCAAGCUUUUGAGAAACUACGGAAAGCGGUUCCUGAAAUUCCGAACAAGGCUGGAUCCAGUUCGAAAUUGACUAAAAUCACGACACUUCGUUUAGCUGUUAAUUACAUAGCUGCUCUGACUGACAUUUUGCAGCAAACAGACACUGGGAAAUCAGCAGGACAUUCUGACUCUGGACAGUCUCUGGAGUCACUAGAGUCCAGUCUGAAUUUUGAUUGUGAACCUUGUGUCCUACCGAUUGACUAUCUCGAUUUCAUGCUUGAUUCUGAUGGUGAUAGCAUGCCUUUAAGUGACGAGCUGACGAAUUCCUAAUGCGAAUCUAUCAAGACUUCGUGACUUUUCUAGAUAGUAUAAGAAAUGUACUUUGUAGAAGAUGAAAGUUUUAGGUUAUUAUUUUGAAUCCAGAUUUGUGUUAUAUUGUGAUGAAGCUGUUGACAAUCGGUUAUAAUUAAACGUUUUUGGAGCUUGUAAUUAUGACUUAUGCUGCACCUGCUGGGUAGGUGCUUUACUACUCACCAAGAAACUUACCAGUCCAAACACUGACACAGACUUUUGUUUCUUUGUGAUAACACUGAGGAUGUGGUAUGAUUGAUAUCACUGACAAAAUUGCUAACAAGACAAUUAUUGUUCAUGCUUUUCAGAAACGAUACUUCAUCGAAUCUCACAGAAGCCACCGAUCUUUGAAUGUGCCAAACUAGUGUUGAUUGAUUGAAUUAGACAAACUAACUUUACAUGGGAUAAUACAGUUGCUUUUGUCAAAUAUAGAGUUCACCUGUUUACUUAUUAAACGGAAAAAAAACUAUGUCAAACGUUGAAAGAAGCAGCAUAAACUAUGCCUAAUGGUGAUAUCAGAUUCUAUUCAAAUAACACAUUAAAAACGCGAGGGUUUCAAAUUAAAACUGCUUUGUAGAUCUUAUUGCUUCCAAUGUUGUUUUUGUUUUUUCAUGAAGCUCAUGUGACUGUAACAUUGUAGUGAAUAAUCAUUUAUCUUGAUUUUUAUGUAGAA